AUGGUGGAAUCCACAAACGCAGAACGUUUGGACUACUUGUGGGAGAUGGCUUUGGCCAUUCAUGGGGGUAUCAUUGAGCACCUUGACGAGGACCAUGAACUUGACAAACCUCUCAUCGCGCACCUCAAAGAGAUAGACCACUUCAUCAUGGUCAAGAAGGGUUUGCAAAGCCGUCGUAUCGAUCAGGCUAGUGACAACGAUAACCAACUUGCCGGGCGUACCACCCCUCCACGCAGCCACCAAUCCCCUUUGACCAUUGGGCACGUCAACAACCAGUCAAUCAGCCCCCCAAGCCAUCGUUCAGCAGCUUCCCCUUCCCUUUUUGGUUCUUCUCCUGAGCCGCAGUACACUAGAGCGUCGGCGCCUGCACGACGAAAAGUCGCUCGUCGGAUCCCAGGAGAAUCUCGAAAUUCCAAAGCUCUGCGCGGGAUGCGACGCGCAGUACCCUAUGCAAGCUGGGUUGACAUUCCCAAGUGA